AUGGCAGUGAUCCUGCUUUUCAUUCGCCAACAAAACAUUCUACCGGCCACACAUUUCGCGAAGAUUCCUGAAACUCACUAUCCCUAUGCUAUUUUUGCUCAUUAUUUAUUGCCAGCAUUAGCUCCCGUUGCCCUGGGACUUUCAAUGUUGGGAAACGAUGCUGAGCAAGCGCUGCAAACGUUCAGCGAGAAAUAUCCCUACAUCAUCCCGCUUCUCAAUCAACCGCACUCUUUCGCUUUCGACAGCUCGUCGGCCACAAAACUGCUAACACUCAUUUUCGGAGCUUGCCUUUUCUGUCUACUUUAUUUACUUUUAUUACUCGCGACAAUUUUUACCUCAUUGAAAGCCCAGGAGAAAUUCAUGAGCGAGAAAACGAUGACCAUGCAAAAGAGCUGGCUUCGACGGGUGUAUUUACAGAUCAUCAUCCUAUUCAUUCAUUUGGCCAUUCCGGCUGGAUGGUUUGGUGUCGUGUUGAGUCUGGAAGUUGUGCAACUUGUAGAUUACGCACCGUAUUUCGUAAUUCUCCUCGCCGAACAGGGCAUCACCUCGACGAUCUCUUAUUUCACUUAUAGCUCGUAUCAAGAACACACCCGAACCUUGAUAAAAAGACGAUUUUUGACUGAAAAAUAUCACCAAUCAACUGGUCGACCCGUGACACCAAUGGAGAGGACCCAGUCA